CUUGCCUGUCAGAUUUCACUUGAGAUGUAACUUUGAAGGGAUGUAACCUGCCCGUAGUGGUUGUCAAGUACAAAAAUAGAGUCAGACAUAUGACACCUGAGUUCGUAUUCGAUGGCUUUUAGUCAAACUGGUUCAGAAAUCGGGUAGGGAAGUGGAACGAAAGGGGUUACAGAGAACACAACUGUUAGGAAUGAUUCGUCGGGUGGUAAGAGUCGGGUCAUACUUUUCACCGAAGUUGAUCAUGACAGCCUUUCCCUGCUAAGGAUUCAGCGCCACUAAUCAAGAGGUCGGGUAUAAAGGUUUGAUCGAAUCCCGAGUUAUGGGGAUUCAUAUCACAACUACACCGAGCAGCAAUAUACCAUCAAAAACGAAGCAAGUCUCAAUACCAGCGUACCAAGUCCUAUUAUUCAAGAUGAAGUUGUCCACCAUUGUGUUCUCGUCUCUUUCCAUCCUUGUUCCCGCCCUAUCUCAGCCUCUUGAAGAGCGCGAUGUCUUCCAGACAGUUCACCUGACUUUCCACGGCGGGCCCGCGUCCUACGAGCUGGUUAUCCCCGCCGAUGGGCAGGUGCAUGCAACCAACAACAAUAUCUCCGUCAACAUUAUUGACGCACCCGACUACAACGCCAUCUCCCAAUGUACUUUCUACACCAACAGUGAGAAGGCACUGGCGAGCGGUAUCACCUCACAGGGACUGCAGCAGGUCAUCGUUGGGCCGCCUCAGCCCAUUACCGGAGUCAGUUGUUUUGGCAUCUGUGUCGCAACAUAUGGGGAGUGCUACAACACUCAAGGACAAUAUGUUGGACCCUGUUGCAACGGCUUUUGUGCUGCAACGCGCUGCAGACCAUGGAUCCAGCCGUACUAGACGAAACGGGGUCACAGAGUGGAAAUCUGAGCCUUCUGUAACCUCAAGUGGAAUGAUAUGGAUGGUGAGAUCAAGGAAGUUCCUAGGUUAGGGAUGCUAUGUCGUUCUUUAUAAGUCACCCUGGGGCCUCAGCCCUGGCAUGGUUUUUCGAAUGAGGUUUGAAAUUAAAGCUGCCCUGAUUAUCCUUGAGAUACGAAUAGUUAACUAUGACUAUGGCCGAGAAAUUGGUGUUCCCAACAUUGAUAUUGGUUCCUAUGCGAGAUCUUGUUCAAAGUAUUGGACUAGCUCUGGUCACGUUCUUCGAUAUUUUCAAGUAGGAUGCAAAAUCGGGCAGUAAUCCGAUUCUCAACCAUAAGAUUAAUUUCCAACCAUACAAGGUAGCUCGUCAGCCCACCAAUGGAAAAUCAAGCCCCAUCACCUAUUAGUCCCAAAAGCCCG